UCUUUUUACUUCCACAUCGAGAUACCCCAUUUUCUCCCUCUCCUCAUCAUACCACUUACUCCUCCAUUCUCCAGACCCCUUCAUCCCCCCUGCCCCAGGUUUCACCAUGCAAAAGCUCGCCAAUAUGCGUCACUGGCCCGAGAGGAUGAGUCCAAACUUCGGCAUGUCGUCGAGACCGAAUAUGAACAUGACCGCCAUAAAUCCCCAUCAGAAAGCCGGAGCUCCGGGAGCUUCGUUAAGUCCCUCGCCUGCCGCCGAUACCACCAUCCACUUCGCCUUCAACGUCCCGUUCGCGUCCGAUCUGGCCGGUCCCAAUACGGAGGAAAUAUUACAUGCGACUGGUGAGGCUGUAUUCAAGUGGACGCAUCCGGGAGACGCCCCCGAUGAUGUCCCUGUCUAUGAAUUGCCAGUUCAUGCCCAGAAUUUGGCCAAUUUGCAGAAUCUAUGCAGGGAGCUUACGAAAGGUCCUUUACCAAUCGAGGCUCAUGUAAUCUCGAGUGUGCCAAAGAACUGCAAGUCCCAAGUCACAACAGUGUGUCUUUCCGGUUCGCCAGAACUCGUUCACAAGAGCCGUGAAACUAUAUUGAGCGAUACUCCUUUAGCGUUGAGGUGCACUACCGUCGACGUGAACUACGGAUUGAUUGUCGACGCCCAAGCCGGCGCAUUACAGAAGAAUGUCACCAAUACUCUAGACGCCUUUGCUGUAUUUUGCGGGGUAGAUAUUUUCAUUCUGGGCCCAAAGCUCACGCCCACGGUCGACGGCCUCAAUGGCGACGUAGAAGUCAUCCGGGAUCAAAGAUGGAGAGUUGCCAUCUAUGGGGAUAGCGAGUCUACUGAACAUGCCAAGACCCAGGUUCUCAUCUUCAUUGAUAAAUUGCUCAAACGCGAGUUCGAUAUGAUGCGCUUCGAGACCACGUUGCACCCGAUCGUUUGUGGCCGUUCACGAAAAAACAUCAAGUUGAUUGAGUCGAUAACGAACACGGCCAUCUACUUCCCUCCAUUUGCUCAAUUGCACCGAUAUUGCCCACCGAAUGCGAAUCGGCGAAACCCUGAAGAGAUAUUUAUCACUGGCGAGAAUCCCCAGGGCAUAGAAUUGGCUAAGCGCAAGAUCCAUGAGUUGGUCAAUAGGACAAAGCUUUUCAUCAAGGAUUCCGUAGUUUCGGCCCCGAAGAUAGACAGUAUCUUGCUUGGGCGAAUGGACAAAGUCCGCAAGAUCAUGGAGACGAACGGCACUUACAUCAUGUUCCCGCCGCUGGCCUCUCAGCGUAACAUGAUUAGGGUUCAAGGUGUUGAGGGACUCCACAUUGAGCGAACUAUGAAGGAAAUCAUGUCACUCGCCGGCCAAUUCUACUUUGCGUCUUGGUGGAUCCAGCAAACUGGCGUAUCUCAACUGCCUGGUCCCGAAGAGAUUCGCAGCAUGCUCUGCGAUAUUUGUGCCAAUUCCGAUGCGGACAUCUCCUUCGACAAGAUGACAUUUACAAUUAAUGGCUCCGAUGACGCCGUGAAGCAGGCUUUGGGCGUGCUUUCGCAGAUUAAGUUUGUAAACCAGACUCAACAUCAAAUUCGGGUCAAGAUUGAACUCGCCAAUGAACACAAGGAGUUUGUGUCGGGCAAGAAAAAUGGCAAGAUCAACAAGAUCAUGACGCAGAGCAAUGUUCAAAUCAUAUUCGACAGCUUCAGAGAAUACAAUUUUGAUAUCGACGUGAUUGCGCCGUCUUACGAUUCUAUGAAACAGGGAAUGACAUUGGUUGAGCAGGAGAUGCCUGCCUCUAUUUCUUUCCAUGUUCCCGACCAGUAUCACAAGCGGAUUAUUGGCAUCGGUGGUCAACACAUCCAGCGUAUCAUGAAGAAGCAUUCCGUCUUCGUUAAGUUCUCGAACGCCAUGGAUCGUGGCGGCAUGGGUCGUGAAGAUGAUGAUGUCAAGGUUGACAACGUCAUCUGUCGAACCCCAGCUCGAAAUGCCCAGAAUCUUGAGUUAGUAAAGACCGAGAUUCUGGACAUGGUGGAUAGAGCCCACUCUGAAUUUACUUCACAAAUCGUGCACGUCGACCGCCUCUACCAUAGACAACUCAUUUCCCGUCUACAGGAGCUCGAGGAGCUUGAGAAGAAGUGGAACUGCAAGAUUGUCUUCCCCAGUACUGAGCAAGCCAGCGAUGAAGUGACCGUUACUGGACCAGAAUGGCAGGUGCCUCUAUGCGCUGAUGAAUUCUUGGGUAUGGUCCCUGAAACCCACGAAUUGGUCCUCACUCGCACUCCAGCCUUGGUCAAAUUUCUCGAGUCUCCCGAAUUUGUCAACGAGCUCGUGUCCAAGCUGAAGAACCAACAUGAGGUAACCCUUGAAGUUCAUGAGAACGCGGAAGAGAAAACCGAUGAUGGAGAACGAACCAUGACUCUAUUGUGGAGGCUCACUCGCAACAAUACUGGCGGUCUUCGUGAUGCUAUCGACUUCCUCAUGGAGCAGUUUGCAGCCGCAAGCGUUGAUGCCACCAUCGUUAAGGGUGCCAUCCCCCGUCCCAAGUCGGACUCAUUUGAAGAUUCGCUACAGUACUUCGAUUCCAAACUGCUCCAACAUGCUCCUACUCCAGUAGGAACAGAUUCGCCUACCAAGCCAGUGUUUGGUGAGGACAUGGCGCAGCAGCGAACCACCACCAUUUUUGACAAGCUCCGAAAGCCGUCUCAGCUGCUGUCUUCUCUCGAUCGCAGAAAGAACAGCUCCCACUCGAUGAACACAUUCUUUAAAGGUUCAAACAAUGUGUCUAAGUCGUCUCUUAUCUCUAUAGAUUCGACUCGCAGCUUUAACGCUGACCGAAACCCCUGGAAUGAUAGCGGCGUCAAUCUUCCAGAUGAUGACAACCACCCUUGGUCAACUCGUCACUUCAGUAACGGGUUCGACAACAAACUAACGCCCAACACGAUCCCCCACGGCGGCGAAAUCACACCACGCCACGGCACGCGUGCGUCUGGCGAUAGUGGCCGACCGUCAACUUCUCAUUCUACGAAUUCAGGAUACCCCGGUCCAAUUGGACCAUACCGUUAGAUUCCGUCUUUUAGAUGCUCUACGUGCAAGCAAUACCCCCCGGCUGGAUAUACCCUGGCGUAAAAAUACCCCGAUCCUAUGAUCAUGCAUCGGUCGGCUCUGCGUUUCAUAUUUAUUUUUCUAUUUGCUUUAUAGUUUCCU